CACAUCAGAUGCGGUGUUAAGUCGUACAGUGAAUGUGUACAACGCAAAUUGUGCAGGGAAUGUGUAGUAUUAUUAUAUAUUAUUUUUUAUAUGUGUUAUAUUAUUUUUUUAUUCGCGAAGUGUUUGUCGAAUUUUAAAACGAUACAAAAUUAGCAUUUGUUUAAGACACGAGGAGGUUUAUUACGCGAUACAACAAGAUGGAGAAUACAUUGGAUUCGAUUCGUCCAUCAGAAAGCCUGGAAGAAAUGUCAUAUCUCUUUGGUAGAGACCCAAGUAUUUUGGCUUAUAAUCAGAGGCCAAUUCCUUCUAAAAAUACUAAAAAAAAGUUACUCUCACUUUAUGAAGUGGAAGAAAACAGUGCAACUAAAGUUAGCGAAAACAGUGACAAUGUGUCAGAAAAUUCCCAACAUAUACAAACUAUGAAGGUAUAUUUAAGGCUUAAACCAUUUCCAAAGAAGUUAAAAUUAACGGAAGAACAGCAAACUGCAUAUGAGAUUGUAAAUUCUACAACACUAGUUACAAAACUACCCAUAUUAGAUACAAGUUCUGUCAAACAACCUAAAAGUACAGAGAAUAUAUGCAAGAAAUUUAUUUUUUCCCAAACGUUCGGACCAGAAACUACUCAGUUGGAAUUAUUUGAGCAAACAGUCCAGCAGCAGAUGGUAGAUUUCUUAGCUGGACAUAAUUGCACAAUAAUGACAUAUGGUACUACAAAUUCUGGAAAAUCUUAUACACUGCAAGGAACCAACACCUCACCUGGACUCAUACCACGUGCACUGGAAUUUAUAUUUUCUAAUAUUACAGUAAAACCAAAUCCGCUCUACAAACCUCUGCAUUAUAACGAUGUAAUCAGUCUUAGCGCGCUGGAUCGCGCGCAAGAACUUGAAGCGAAGACUAAAUUGCUCACGUUCAGUUCUGUGGAUAAGCAUCAGUACAUGAAUUCUUACAAGGAAAUGCAGAAGUUGUUGCACGAGGAAUUAGUUCGUCCCAGUGAAUGUCACGACGCUCAUUACUCGAUUUGGGUGUCGUUCGCGGAAAUUUACAAUGAAAUUGUAUACGACUUGUUGUCAAAUGAAUGUCAGAAAAAGAGAAUGCCGUUAAAACUCGGAUCAGAUUCUUCUGGUCGAGCGUUUAUCAGAGGUUUGAAAAAUGUGUAUGUUAAUUCAGCAGCGGAGGCUUAUCAGGUUUUAAUGGCAGGACAGUACAAUUUGAAAGUAGCCGCUACGGCACUGAACGCAAAAAGUUCGAGAUCUCAUUGCAUAUUCACUAUUAUACUUUUGAAAUACUAUGCGGAACACCAACCUGAGACUGUUGAAGUGAGCACGUUUUCUUUUUGUGAUCUGGCGGGCUCCGAGCGUUUGAAGAAAACACUGAACGUCGGAGACAGACUAAAAGAAGCGCAAAAUAUCAAUACAAGUUUACUGGUGCUGGGAAGAUGCUUGAAAUCUAUUCACGAAGGGCAAUUGACAAGAACAAAACCGGAUGCUGUCGGGCCGUUCAGAGAAUCAAAAUUAACCAGACUUUUCCAACGAGCGUUGUCCGGUAGAGAACACUUGGCUCUCAUUGUGAACGUUAAUCCCUUGCCGAAUCUUUACAUCGAGACUCAAAAUGUUUUGAAUUUUGCUGCUAUUGCGAAAAAAAUUGUGAUCGAAAAAAAGAAGGAAAUACAGAAAAAGAAAGCCAAGUCCAGAUUCUCGCAAAUAGUCAUGCAGAGUAUGCAGACGGUAACCGAUUGGGAUUCUCUGGAAGUGGAAAAUGUGGACUCGCAACAAGCGGAUAUUCCCGAGGAAACCACAUCGGAUUAUCUCACAUCGGAAGAAUACAUGGACGUUGUGAAAGAAAACGAAAAGUUGAAAAAAGAAAUCGUCAUGUUAAAGAAUUCGGCUCUGCUUCGAGAUUUUCAGAGUCGGCAAGAAAUGGCCGAACAAUACAUCGCUAAGAUAAACGAGCUCGAGGUCGAUUGGAAAAAACGUAUAAACGACGUGGAGGCUCAGCACGAAGACGAUCUCGACUGGACGGUGAAGCAGCUUGAGGAGUUUUACGAGAAAAAAUUAAAUCAGCUGCGCAAGAGGAAGAGACCACGCAACGACGACGAUGACAAUGAAGAAGAUAAUAACGGUCAUGAUUCAACUAUCGCGGAGUUGAGCGAACAAAAUACAAAAUUGCAAGAUAAGAACGAAUUGUUGAAAAAAUCAUUGACUGAGAUUAAAGUAACGAACGAGACGUUAAUUGUGGAGAAAAAUAAAAUUAGUUUCCAAUUGGGACUGUUGAAGGAGGAUUUGAAGGUAACGAAAAGUCUUCUGAAAGUUGCUCUGGAAGAUAUUCAUCUUAACGACGACGGCAAAGCUUUUAUAGAAGAAAUGAAAUCGCAAUUGUCCAUCAAGGACGAGCAAAUAAAAAAUCUCAAAAUCGUUCUCAAUGAAGCGAAAGAUGAAUACAUUACUAUUACGUCUGACUUGAGGAAAAAAGAACUUUGUAUCGACGAGCAAGCAAAGACCAUAAUAGAACAGGAGGAAAAAAUUGAGGACUUGGAGUUGGAUCUUGAGCAAGUUAACGUUUGCUUGGCAGAGAAGAGCAGAAUUGUGGAGAUUCUAGACGAAAAGGUGGAACACCAAAAUGAAAAGCUGUCUGAUUACGAGAACAAGAUGAUACAACUGCAAGAAGAAAUUAAUCAGUUGAAGAAUGAGAGAUCAGUGCUGAGAUCUUCAAAAACAUCAACAUCAAAGACGUUUGUUCAAGACGAGUAUGAGGAAAUUUUUAUAAAAGAAGAAUUGAUCGUAGGCGACACGUCAGACAACUUGAAUAACGUGACGAAAACUAUGCAGAAAGAAUCAAAGAUCGAUAAAACUGAUUUGAUUAAUUUUACUUUUCCACUGGAAACAUCUUCAAAACAAAUCUCUGAAUCAAUGGACAUUUCGCAGCAAAAUAUUGAACACGGCAAACAGACGUUUGUGGAAAUAGGUUGCCAGGUGGAUGUAAAUAACGACGGUGUUGAAAAUAAGGAAAGCGCUCGGGAAGAAGCGGCUGUGCAGACCGACGAACUUUCGAACGACGAUGUUACGAAAAUGGAAGAACUGACCGCACGAUACAACGAUAUUCAAGCGCAGUACGAACGAGACCGUGCGAAAGUUAAAGAGUUGACCGAGAAGCUGCGCGAUACGGAAAAGACAGUACAAUUAUUGAAUGAAGAAAAUCAAUCAAAUAAGACUGCCGUAGACGAAUACAAACACUCCGUGCAGGUGCUUGAACAGCAAUUGUCACUCGCCGCGGAAGACAAGCAAAAAGCGGAAGAAGCGCUAUCGAGUUCUAACACGGUUUUUGAGCAAAGAAUCGCGAAUUACGAACGUGAGAUCGUUGAAUUGAAAAGAGAUCUUUCGACCGCGCGGAGUAAUGUUCAGCAAUCGUUGGAUAAAUUCGAAUCGAUGCAGGAAGAAUUCAACAACUACAUAUUGAAGCGCAAAGAAGAAACAAAUAUUCACAAACCGGACGAUCGCAUCGCGGCCGAUGACGUGAAACACUUGGAUGAGCUUAAAGAAAAAAUGUUGGAAUUGGAAAAAAGCGCGGAAACUAUAGCAAAGCUGGAACGUCACAUCGACGAAUUGAACGGAAAUUUGAAAACCUGCGAAAUGGAGAAGAAGUGUAUUAAGGAGACACUCGAGAAAAACGAGAAGAGACUGUCGGAGCUUGAAAAUCGGCUGGCGGUAACGGUUUCCAAGGAACAAGAGAAAGACGUUGAAAUCUCGACCUUGCAGAGAGAAUUGAAACAAUCGAUACAGAGAUACGAAAGUGCCGCGAAGGCUGACGACAAGAUGGAAGCCGAGCUAAAAACCAUCAUGAGCGAAUUGACCCAGACAAAAGAGAAACUGUUUCAAAGGGAACAGGAUGUCAAGGAGCUGAAUAUACGUUUGGAGAACUACGAGAAAAACGCGAAGUUCAUUAACCUGUUCGAGGAGACUGCGAAGGAACGGCAAAUUGAAAACGAGCGACUGAGAAAUCUAAAUGAGGAACUGAAAACUAAUUUAAUGCACAAAGAAUGCGAGAUGAAUGCGUUUAUGAAGAACAGAGACGAGACAGUCACCAAGUAUGAGGCUUUAGUGAAGAACCAGCAGGAGGAUUUGGACAGACAGAAGAGAGAAGUGAAGAGGUAUCAAGAAUUGUUUUGUAGACAGCUUACGCCUACGCCGGACACUUACAAGAAGUUGCAGGAUCAGGUAGAAUUUCUUCAGGAGAGGCUGCAGAAAUACGAGACUGGUGACAAUGCGAAAGCUAAAGAUUAUUACGACGUCACGUCGGAGGACGACAGUUCGAUUAAGUCACAACGUACCAAAUCACGACGUGGGAAAAAGACCGCGUCUCGUCUCAAGCGGGAGGAUGAUGUGCCGGUUGUCGAAUUGUCUGAAUCCGAAUCGAAACGCAACACGAGACGCGCGGCUCUGCCGCUUCCGGAAUCGUCCAACGAUUCAAAACGAACAACUCGCAGGAGAAAGUUGUUCGUCGACGAUUCGCUUGUCGACAUCGAGCCGGUCGAGACCAACACAACUCGAACUUUGAGAAAUCGCAAAAAAUAGAAAUAGAAAAUAGAGAACGCACGUAAAAGAUGUACUGUAUAAAAAUGUGCGCACGUGCCUUUGAGAAGAAGAAAAAGAAAAGAAAAAGAGAUUCGUGUGUAAGGUGAUAAUAAAAUAACGUUAGAAUAAUGUACAAAAACGCGUGAAGGAGACAAACACAAAUGUAUAGCAAUAAGGAUAUCAAAAACGUGUAACUGACUAUACGUUGCGCUAUCAAAUCAAUUAUAGUAUCGAUAAAAAUACUAUUUUUCUAAUUACUAGUUUCUAAUGUUGAUCUUCACAAAAUGUUUUUACAAACUUUCCUAGCGAGUUGUAAGAUCUAAAAGUAGC